CCGAAACCAAAGGCUCUUUUAAGAGCCACCCACAUCUCCCAGAUAAGAGCUGAUCCAGAAUCGCGCGAUUCCAGAUCCUGGUCGGUUUAGAUGUCAGUACGAACUAGUUCUAGAAAACCCGGGAUCCCCGGUGCCUCGUUGACAUUCGGCGACACCGUCCCUUCCCUAGUAUCUGAAAUAAAAUACAGUAUCGGAUGUUCGGACGGAGACUCAAUCGGACACGGAUGUGUUCCGCUUCAGUCUCCGUCCAAAGGCCGUUUCUUUCUCAUAGAUGCCGGGAGAUGGUAACACUGCGGAGAAACCCUCUCUCACAGCGCUAAUCCCAAAUUGGGAGUUCCCCAAUUCAUGGUUAAUAUGACUAAAACUGCUGAACUAUCGGUGAGGAGAGAUUUAGAGAGAGGGAUCCGGCUCUGGGAAUGGACUGGAGAGGGAUGAACCCGGUAACAAGCAAUGACUGUCUUCGUAUUAUUUGUACUUUAAAACAUUUUAAUAUACAUAUAUACUGAGUGUAAUAGAUUAUUUAUUUCCCCCCCAAAAAAAACAUUUAAUAUAUACAGUAAAUAAAAUUGAUCUCAAUCCUCUCCCUAUCCUCCCAUUUCCGGCAGAACUGAAUUCACUCGCCUCAAGAAGCUAUUCACUAAAUAUGCAACCAUUCAGAUUUAAAUAAUUGAGAGAAGUAAAAACGAUUAUUUAAGUGAAGGUGAAAUUUGACAAUUCAUGAUUCUAUUACUGUAACUAGGCAACUAGCCCUGAUAGCUCUAGAAAUUGGCGGGCGAUUUGAAAUUGACCGGACAUCCAAUCCCUGCAGUCGGAUUGGCUGGAUUCUGACCCUCAGUCACUAGUUUCCAUAUUUGGUCACAGAUACUAUUCCUCAACCCCCACGCCGGACAGCUUCAAACUGAUUAAAGAAAGACAGCCAAUCGCACUGCUGAGACCCUAUGAUGGACAUCUCCAUUCCAACCAAUCAGAAGGGGAGCGGGGCGGCCCUUCAUCAACUCUUUAAAAGCCAGACCCAGCGUCUGCUCUGACACUUCAAUCCUGAUAUUUCAGGCUGUAAUCGCACUGCUGAAGGAGAAUGGCUCGGACCAAGCAAACAGCGCGUAAAUCGACCGGUGGCAAAGCUCCCCGCAAACAACUGGCGACCAAAGCGGCGCGCAAGAGCGCUCCGGCAACAGGCGGAGUGAAGAAGCCCCAUCGCUACCGGCCCGGCACCGUGGCUCUGAGGGAGAUCCGGCGCUACCAGAAAUCCACCGAGUUGCUCAUCCGCAAACUGCCCUUCCAGCGCCUGGUGCGCGAAAUCGCUCAGGACUUCAAAACCGAUCUGCGCUUCCAGAGCUCGGCCGUCAUGGCCCUGCAGGAGGCCAGCGAAGCUUACCUGGUGGGGCUCUUUGAGGACACCAACCUGUGCGCCAUCCACGCCAAGCGAGUCACCAUCAUGCCCAAAGACAUCCAGCUGGCCCGGCGUAUCCGCGGCGAGCAGUUCGAGAGAGUUUGUGCACAGUUUCCGACCAUGACCGAGACCGCAGAAGUGGCUCCACCAGCGGCACCCGCCACCACACCCAAGGCUGCCAAGAAGAAGAAGGCCGCUGUCCGGACAAAGUCAGCCGGUCCCAAACUGGGCGAUCAGAUCGACAAGAUUGUGGCCGAUUGCCGCAGUCAGCGAGGGGUGUCCGUAGCCGCGAUAAAGAAGAGUUUGGCCAGCAGCGGCGUCGAUGUACAAAAGCUGAAAGGUCAGAUCAGGCUGACCAUUAAAAGGAAAUUGGAUAAAGGCACCCUGGUUCACACUAAGGGCGCAGGUGCCUCCGGCUCCUUGAGAGCCGCUAAAAAAGAACAUACCGGGAAAGUCGUGAAAAAAGCGAAGAAACCAGCGGCCAAGAAAUCCGUGGCCAAGAAAACAGGUGCCAAGAAAUCUCCCGCCAAGACCAAAGGGGCUAAGAAAACUGUGGUUAAAAAAGCGGCAGCUAAGAAAACAGCGACCAAGAAGACCGCGCAGAAGCCCAAGAGUCCGAAGAAAGUCGCAGCCCCCAAGGUGGCCAAGAAGUCGGCAAAACCCAAGCCGAAGGCAAAAUCUGUGAAAACCAAGAAGACAGCGGCCAAAAAGAGAAUGGCUCGGACCAAGCAAACAGCGCGUAAAUCGACCGGUGGCAAAGCUCCCCGCAAACAACUGGCGACCAAAGCGGCGCGCAAGAGUGCUCCGGCAACAGGCGGAGUGAAGAAGCCCCAUCGCUACCGGCCCGGCACCGUGGCUCUGAGGGAGAUCCGGCGCUACCAGAAAUCCACCGAGUUGCUCAUCCGCAAACUGCCCUUCCAGCGCCUGGUGCGCGAAAUCGCUCAGGACUUCAAAACCGAUCUGCGCUUCCAGAGCUCGGCCGUCAUGGCCCUGCAGGAGGCCAGCGAAGCUUACCUGGUGGGGCUCUUUGAGGACACCAACCUGUGCGCCAUCCACGCCAAGCGAGUCACCAUCAUGCCCAAAGACAUCCAGCUGGCCCGGCGUAUCCGCGGCGAGCGCGCCUAAACCCGACCUCGGCACCAAGCACAACAAAAGGCUCUUUUCAGAGCCACUAAUCCGGCAGAGAAAAGGGCUCUCAGUACUUGUGUUAGGGGCACGCUAUUCCCCCUGUAGGUGUUCAAUAAGACUUCCCCGUUAAUCACACAAACUCCAAACGCAGCCUGAAAGCGGAGAAUCAGUAGUUCUGUGCCGUUUACAGUUCGCAAUUGUGGGUAUGUUUUCCCAGGUAUUUGCGGUUCCUGUUUAGGAGAUGGGCUAUAAUAAAUGCAGUUCUUCAUUUUGUAACCAGUCCCAUUUCUGGUCGAGUCCGCGAUGGGUUCACGGGGACACAAUAGUCUGCUGACGCUGGUAUUCAGUUGCUUUCACAGCAAACCCUUUCUACAUAGACCGACCGCGACUAUAAACUGAAUCGGCUUUUCGAAGCUCAAUAACCAGAAACAUUCAAGCUGGUGAGUUAAAUAACACGUGGGGUGUUACUCUAAAGUAAAUCAUCGUAUUAAUGAUUCAAAGCAUUUUGCAGAUUACAGAUCAGUAAAUAUCUUUCGGCGGGAUCUUAAAGUGUCCGGUUGUCCGAGAAACCGAUAUUUCCUUUCGACGCCUUUCUUUCUGCUUCCUUCAUUGGUUUGCUGCGUUCAUCAAAAGUGAACGGGAAUUCACCUCCAUGUCACAACCGGGCGAUUCGUGACUCGGCACUGCUCAGUCUGUGUUCGGAACGGUUUCAAUCCCGUGGCAUAAUUGUCAAUAAUUACCUGACAACCUCAUCCACUCACGAGGAAUUCUGCAGAUGCUGGAAAUUCAAGCAACACACAUCAAAGUUGCUGGUGAACAUAGAAACAUAGAAAAUAGGUGCAGGAGUAGGCCAUUCGGCCCUUCGAGCCUGCACCGCCAUUUAUUAUGAUCAUGGCUGAUCAUCCAACUCAGAACCCAGCCUUCCCUCCAUACCCCCUGACCCCUGUAGCCACAAGGGCCAUAUCUAACUUCCUUUUAAACAUAGCUAAUGAACUGGCCUCAACAGUUUGCUGUGGCAGAGAAUUCAACAGAUUCACCACUCUCUGUGUGAAGAAGUUUUUCCUAACCUCGGUCCUAAAAGGCUUCCCCUCUAUCCUCAAACUGUGACCCCUCGUUCUAGACCUCCCCAACAUCGGGAACAAUCUUCCCGCAUCUAGCCUGUCCAAUCCCUUUAGGAUCUUAUACGUUUCAAUCAGAUCCCCCCUCAAUCUUCUAAAUUCCAACGAGUACAAGCCCAGUUCAUCCAGUCUUUCUUCAUAUGAAAGACCUGCCAUCCCAGGAAUCAAUCUGGUGAACCUUCUUUGUACUCCCUCUAUGGCAAAGAUGUCUUUCCUCAGAUUAGGGGACCAAAACUGCACACAAUACUCCAGGUAUUGCAGCAGCAGCAGCAGGCCAGGCAGCAUCUCUAGGAAGAGGUACAGUCGACGUUUCAGGCCGAGACCCUUCAUCACGACUAACUAGUAACUAGAUGCUGCCUGGCCUGCUGCGUUCACCAGCAACUUUGAUGUGUGUUACCUAAUCCACUCGUUUCUUUGAACUUUAAUCACACAAUAAAGAGUAAACAUUCAAAGAAAAAUGCAGGGGGAUGGGGUGGAGACAGAAUCAGAGAAUGGCCUUUCAUUUUCCAUCUCCAUAACCAGUGCUCCUGAUAAACUUGAAAACGCACACGUCCCAUAUUGAAGGUCGGCCAGCAACAUUACCACCCUGGAUAACUGCUCAAUUCUCCGAAAACUAACUGAUGAAAAAAGAACAAAUGUGAAGACUAGAACAGGGAAACCUGAGUAAAACGCGCCAGGCAGUGUCAGUGAACAGAGAAACAGAGUUAACGUUUCAGUCCGAAUUCCCUUCAUCAGAUAACACUCUGUUCACAUUCCUAAUUAUAUCUGUACUUGAGAAUAAAUCCUUGUUAAAGUUGUACCAGGGCCCCAAGUUCCCUCUUCACCUGCAGCUUUUAGGCCACACGCUUUAUUGCAUAUUUUUCCUGCCAAAAUGUACAACUUCACUCUCCCCGUCAUAAGAUAUAGGAGUAGAAUUAUGCCAUUUGGCCCUUAAAGCCUGCUUCAUUUAAUCAAAUCUGAUCCAUUUUCCUCACAGCCCCAUCUCCUACCUUCUCCCUGUAUCCCUUGAUGCUUUGAACAAACAAUAAUCUAUCAAUCUCUGUCUU